CGUCAUCUAGUGUUCUAUAACAGUACAAGUCCACUUUUAUCUGUUGUGAUUUACAAAAUCACAACAUGACAAAGUGCCAAGUGACUCAUUGAUAUUAUAAAUAAAUAUAAAUAAUUUGUAAAAUCCCAACAAAGAACAAUAACUCUAUCAAAACAUAUAAGGUUCAUAAUUAAAUUUAAAAAAAUAUUGUGUAGAAAUAACGAAACUUUGAUGGAAUAAAUUGGAAAAGUGGUUUAAUCUGAAACCAAACCACCCAUUUCUUAGCAAAGAUGUUGUUCGAAAACAAAAACAAAUGUUUGGAUCUCAAUCCAAACUUAGUGUAUGAUGAGGCCUGCGUAGAUAUUGUGAAUAAAGUAAAUGAAACCCUAAGCAUAUUUUACCAGUAUGAUGAAUGUCACAAAUGCGAUUUUCAAAAUUUAACCCUCUUGAGCCCUUCCACUAACACUUCCGUUGUCGUCAAAACCAGUUCUCCUAUCCAAUUUAAAUAUUCUUGGAAGGAUAAGACCCAGGAAUGCUGGCCCCAAUUACUUUACGAACACUAUCGUUACGGAUGGAAUGUUACGGACACAUGCACCCCGGUGUACGUGAAGGAACCUGCCGAUGAUGCAUAUCUGCCUAUUUUGAUGGCAUUUGUAGUACUUUUCUGUUUUGGAACCAUGUGGUAUAUGGUCAAGUGUAUUUACAAGAACAGCAGCAAACUAAGACAACUGAUUUCCUUGAGUACUGAGAUAGAAACAGAUUUGGGAGGCUCGUCUUCAGGAACUCCAUUGGUGAAUGACAGACCUGUAGCCCGUAAACAUCCACAUCGUAUAAAAUCCAUAGACAUUUUCAGAGGUUUCUGUAUCACACUUAUGAUAUUUGUGAAUUAUGGAGGAGGACAGUAUUGGUUUUUCAAACAUUCGGUUUGGAAUGGUAUUACUAUUGCCGAUUUGGUAUUUCCAUGGUUUCUAUGGUUGAUGGGGUUGUCACUGACAGUAUCACUCCAGAAAAAAUUCAGAUACCUAAUUCCAAAACGCGUUAUGAUAUUCACAGUGAUACGUAGAUCUUUUAUAUUGAUAGCGAUUGGGUUGAUCUUGAAUUCAAAUAAAAACAUGUCCACCAUUGAAGAUUUACGAUUCCCCGGCGUCCUGCAGCGUAUUGGAUUGACCUACUUGGUGGUUGGAAUACUGGAAAUCGCAUUCACUAAAAGGAACGAAGUAGAUAACAUUUCAUGGGCGGCAGAUAUCAAAAAAUCCUUCCGGCAGUGGAUAACUGUUUCAUUGUUGGUGUUCAUACAUACUUGCAUUACGUUUCUUGUGGACGUGCCGUCAUGCGGACGUGGAUAUUUGGGGCCAGGAGGAUUGGACGAGGGGGGAAAGUACUUCAACUGCACAGGUGGUGUAGCGGGAUAUAUAGAUAGAGCUGUUUUCGGGCAUCACAUGUAUAAGCAUCCCGCAUGCCAAAAGGUGUAUGAAAAUGUCGUUUAUUAUGAUCCAGAAGGUAUUUUAGGAACUUUAACCUCCAUUUUUACGGUGUACCUAGGUGUUCAAGCUGGAAUAACUUACCAUACUUUCCAAAACCACCGAGAGAAAGUAAUUCGUUGGAUCGUUUGGGGCCUUUCUACCGGCAUAUUGGGAGGAGCUCUCUGCAACUUCACCAGGAACGAUGGCUGGAUUCCUUUAAACAAGCAGCUUUGGUCGCUUUCAUUUGCUUUGGUAACUUCCGGAAUGGCAUUCAUUAUACAGACCGUCUUGUUCUUACUCGUUGAUGUGUUGAAGAAGUGGGGAGGCAGGCCGUUGUUUUACCCCGGAAUGAAUGCCAUAAUUUUGUACAUCGGCCAUAUACUGAUGACAAACACAUUUCCGUUCGGAUGGAAGCCCAGUCUGAUUACUCAUGGAACGUACUUGUUCAUGAAUCUCUGGGGUACCUUCUUAUGGGUUUCCAUAGCAAUAUUUUUGUACAAGAAUAAUAUGUUCUUGACCAUUUGAAUAUGUCUCCCAUUUGAAUUUUUUUAGUCUCAUAGAAGAUACUUUCGACUGAGUGUAUACAUUUGUUUUAUAUAAAUGAUAUUGUUCUUUCAUUAUAGGUUUAUCUAAUGUA